AUGAAGUGUGAUCGUCAGUUUGCCAGCUCAGUGAACCCGGAGGACUUUGGCCCACUCAAAUACAACAUGACCAGUAGCCCAGUUGCCCCUUUCACCAUUGACAACACAGACCAUGUCAGAAGCCCCUCUACUGGUUUACCUGAUGGCGAGAAAUUCAUCCUGUCCAUAACAGUGACUGGGGGCAGGGCAUCCUGGACAGGAGUGAUCAGAACCACUCACAGCCUGGACCUGGAGGCCAGCCCGCAGCUGAAUGUGACCCGUCUGCUAGUGGUGGCCUACGAUCCGCUCCACAGAGUCAGCGCCACAGCGAGAGUCACUGUCACCGUGUUGGAUGUCAAUGACAUCCCUCCCUACUUGCAUGCCCUCUCUUAUCGUGCCAGGCCUCCCAGAGCUGAAGUAGUGAGAGUGAUCGUGUGGGAGUGGAGCCCUCAGCCUUGGUUUGUGGUCGUGCUGACAGCCAGUGGAGCCCUGCUGCUACUGAGCGUGACCCUGCUGCUCUGGAGACUGAUCUCUGCCUACAGGCAGGCUCCAGAUGCAGCAACCAUGCCUCUCCUACAGGACAGACAUGAGAACUUUGACAGAGUAAGUGACCAGAGUGUGGAGAGAGAAAAGCCAGCCUCGAAGCGUCAGAGGAGUAAAGGCAGAGUAGAGACCACCCUGUCCCCACUGAAAUUUGAUGGAAGAGCUCAUGAUCCAGACUGUUUCUUGCCCCUUACUAGACACCAGGAGGGACUUGCAAUAUACCUGAAUCUGGAUAAGAAUGAAAUCCAUCAGGUGAAAGCCUACGCUUUCACUGGAGUUCCCCACCUGAAAGUCCUCAGUAUGAUGUGGAAUUGCCUCCCAGGUAAACUGAGGGCCCUGGGCUUACCCCCCUGUCACAUGGAGAUAGAUACCAAUGCCUUUGUUGGUUUGAAGAACCUGAGCCAGCUCUUCUUGGCUGGAAACAGCCUUACUCAAGUCCCUGCACUACCUGAGCACCUGGAAGUUCUAGACAUUGAGUAUAACAGGCUCUUCAGAAUCACUGAGCUCCUAGGGACCCCUCACCUGAAGAAGCUUCUUAUAGCUAAAAAUUGUUACUAUGCUAAUCCCUGCAACCAGACAUUUUUCAUAGAUGAGAGAGUCUUUGCAGAUUUGCCCGAGCUGCGUAAUCUUACGUUGGGGUUUAACAACAUCAGAACGGUUCCCUGUGGUUUGCCUACCUCUCUGGAGAGCCUGGAUCUCAGAGAGAACAAAAUUAGCGAGAUUGGCGUGGAGGCAUUUGCAAACCUGACGAGGUUGGGGUUUCUGAACCUGGAGUGGAACUGUCAGCGUUGUGACCACGCAGCUCAGCCCUGCUUCCCAUGUGCCAACAACAGCUCCAUCAAGUUGCAUCCAAAAGCAUUCAGCCAACAGCAGCAGCUCACCAGUCUGAGUCUGCGAGGAAACUCUCUCAGAACCCUGCCACAAGGACUUUUCUUGAAUCUGCACAGCCUCAAAUAUCUAGACCUUUCUGACAAUCUGCUGGCCUACGUAAUCAGAAAUGGCACCUUCUUUAAGGACCUGAAGAAUGUGACAACUCUCAACUUGAUUUACAACUAUGAACCCCUGACGACAUUCACGAGUCUUAUACUGUCCCCUCACAUCAGUGAGAUGGUCUCCCUAAAAAAAUUGUUCCUUAGUGGAUACUUCUUCCGUAGUCUGACUUCAAGGGGAAUCAAACCCCUUUUGAACCUCACAAACCUUGAGUAUUUGGAAUUACGGAUGAACUUUGUCAGUUACUGUGAUAUUAGUAUAUUUAGCAGUAUGAAGGCUUUGAAACAUGUUAGUCUUUCCCAGAACAUGCUGGAUUUUACUCAGUCCUAUCAAUCAGGUCCCACUAAUCAGCAGAUCAGUGAUGAUAUGAAUAUCACUCCCCAAGUAGAACACAGCCCUCUCCAAGAAAUGCACACCAAGCACAAUCUUCUGCAAUCAGAUCAUGAGCAUACUCUGAAUCCAGAUAUGUGGACCAUCCAGAAACAAUAUUGCCAGGGAAAGCUAUUUUUUGACCUCUCCCAAAACAAAAUGUUGCGUUUGGGAGGAAGAAUUUUUAAAGGCAUGGAGGGGGUGGUCUGUUUGGAUUUGUCAUAUAACUACGUGAGUCAGUCACUGAACGGAAAGCAGUUCUUUCCAUUAAGGAAUCUAACAUAUCUUAACAUGGCCUUUAACAGAAUUGAUUUGUACUAUGAUGGUGCUUUUCAAGAAGUGAGGGACACACUUAAAGUGCUUGAUUUGAGUAAUAAUGGAUUUCACUUUCUAAUGAAGGGCAUGGGUCAUCGCUUUGAAUUCAUCCAAAACCUGACAUCCCUGCAAGUCCUGAGUUUGGCUGAGAACGAUAUUGGAAUGCGCAUCUCAGCAACCUUACAGAGUUCUUCUCUCAAUUAUCUCUUUUUCUCUGGAAACCGCCUAGACAUAAUGUGGAACACCAGGGAUAAUCAGUACAUCCUUUUUUUCAAAAAGCUUACUAACCUGACCUAUCUGGACAUCUCUGAGAACAAGCUCACAUCCUUUUCCCCAGAGGUCUUGUGCAACCUUCCAGAAAAACUCAGAACUCUUAAGGUCAAUGACAACAAACUGAACUAUUUUCCUUGGAGCAACCUUACGGUUCUCAGCAACCUCCGCUACCUUAACCUCAGUGGAAAUUCCCUGACUAAACUACCUAGUGAUGUCUUUGAGUUUAGUCCCAACCUAAGCAUCUUGGAUCUGAGCCGAAACGGGAUCAGGGAGCUGCCCGAGGAAUUCCUCAAAAAAGCCACCUCGCUGAGCUACCUCCUGCUGAGUCAGAACCAACUCAAGAUACUUGAUAUUCAGACCCUCCAAUCUCAGUUUCACAGCAACCUGCAGAACCUGACCCUUCAUGGUAAUCCAUUUGUGUGCAGCUGUGAUACUGCCUGGUUCUCAGAAUUUCUGAGGACUAGCCCCAUUCACAUUCCCCAACUCACAACCAACAUCAAGUGUGGCUUUCCUGAGUCCCAGCAAGGACAAAGUGUUCUGUCAAUGGACUCCCUCUCCUGCCAGAAAAUGUUUGGAGGUAUUGGGUUUCUGUGUACAUUCUUCCUAACCGUAUUGUUGACCAUAGUACCCCUCCUUAAAAAACUCUAUGGCUGGGACCUUUGGUAUUGCAUCCAGUUUUUUUGGGCGGGACACAAAGGAUAUUCUGUGCUCCAUGAUGACUUGAGCCAGUACGAUGCCUUCGUUGUCUUUGACACAGGGAAUUUGGCUGUAAGAGACUGGGUUUACAAUGAGCUCACAGUCAAUUUAGAGGACACGGGAACACAGAGGUUCAAGAUCUGUCUGGAGGAGAGAGACUGGGUCCCCGGGCAUGCGUGCAUAGAAAAUCUGCACAACGCUGUGUAUAACAGCAAGAAAACUGUGUUUGUAUUGACUAAUGACAUCUCUGUCAAUGGUAUCAUCAGACAGGCCUUCUACAUGGUUCAGCAGAGGCUCCUCGAUGAGAAACUUGACAUAGUUGUGCUGGUUCUUCUGGAGGAGGUUUUCCCUAAGAAAAAAUAUCUACAAAUGAGAAAAAGGCUGUGCAGGAAGUCAGUCGUGUGUUGGCCCAGAAACCCACAUGCUCACCAACAUUUCUGGAAUAAAAUGAGAGCAGCCUUGGCUGCAGAUAACUGCCAUUCCUAUGACAGCAAUGUGAGUGAGAGUUUCUUAUCCAAUAAUCUGAUCUAA